AUGCCGAAAGGACCUAAGACACACCAGAAGCUUCCUUCUGAGAAGGAGAGAUUCAUCCAGGCCUGUGCAGACAUAUCGUUAGAACUUGUGUCUUCGCUGGGAACAUCUAAAGAGGUCAAUCUUAACGGAGUAAUCAUCAAAUUCUCGAAGAAAUACAAGCUCAAGCAGCAGCCACGGCUUACCGAUGUUAUCAACUCAAUCCCGGACCAGUACAGGAAGUACCUGCUCCCAAAACUCAAGGCGAAGCCCGUGCGUACGGCGUCUGGAGUGGCCGUUGUGGCCGUUAUGUCGAAACCACACAGAUGUCCCCAUAUCGCAUACACCGGUAACAUUUGUGUGUACUGCCCUGGUGGUCCAGACUCGGAUUUUGAGUACUCUACGCAGUCGUACACGGGUUACGAACCGACCUCAAUGCGGGCAAUCAGAGCUAGAUACGACCCCUACGAACAGUCCAGAGGCCGUAUAGAACAAUUGAGACAGCUAGGACACAGUAUAGACAAGGUCGAGUACAUUAUCAUGGGUGGUACCUUUAUGUCGUUGCCAAAGGAUUAUCGGGAGGAGUUCAUAGUGCAGUUGCACAACGCCCUAACGGGAUACAACGGUACGGACUUGGACGAAGCGGUGGCCUUUUCGCAGCAAUCACAAACAAAGUGUGUGGGUAUCACGAUAGAAACCCGACCAGACUACUGUACUGAGACCCACUUAGAUGACAUGCUUCGCUAUGGUUGCACGAGGUUGGAACUUGGUGUUCAGUCUGUCUACGAAGAUGUUGCAAGAGAUACUAAUAGAGGUCACACCGUGAAAGCUGUUUGUGAAACUUUUGCGUACGCAAAAGAUGCAGGGUACAAGGUGGUUUCUCACAUGAUGCCAGAUUUGCCUAACGUAGGGAUGGAGAGAGACUUGGAACAAUUUAAGGAGUAUUUUGAAAAUCCUGCGUUCAGAACCGACGGUUUGAAGAUCUACCCUACACUAGUCAUUAGAGGUACUGGUUUGUACGAGUUAUGGAAAAACGGGUUGUACAAGUCAUACAAUGCAAACAUGUUGAUAGACUUAGUGGCCAGAAUCAUGGCCUUGGUUCCUCCAUGGACAAGAAUUUAUAGAGUCCAAAGAGAUAUCCCAAUGCCUUUGGUGACUUCGGGUGUGGAGAACGGUAACUUGAGGGAGUUGGCCUUGGCCAGAAUGAAGGACUUUGGUACCUCUUGCAGAGAUGUGAGAACCAGAGAAGUGGGUAUACAGGAGGUGCAUCACAAAAUACAGCCCGACCAGGUUGAACUCAUCAGAAGAGACUACUACGCCAACGGUGGUUGGGAAACAUUCCUCUCAUACGAGGACCCUAGACAGGAUAUAUUGAUUGGGUUGCUUCGUUUAAGGAAGGCUUCCAAGAGAUACACAUACAGAAAAGAAUUCAAGAAGCAGCAAACAAGUAUUGUCAGAGAAUUACACGUUUAUGGUUCUGUUGUUCCACUUCAUUCAAGAGAUCCAAGAAAAUUCCAACAUCAAGGGUUUGGUACAUUGUUGAUGGAAGAAGCCGAAAGAAUUGCCAAGGAAGAACAUGGCUCUUCCAAAAUCAGUGUCAUUUCCGGUGUGGGUGUGAGAAACUAUUAUAGAAGAUUGGGGUAUGAGUUAGACGGGGUCUACAUGUCUAAAUCUAUAUAA